AUGGAGGAACAAUUACUCGCGUUGAACGAACAAGGAGAUGGACCAAUAGCAGCAGGACCAUUGUCUUCCAUGUCGCAAAGUUCUUCAGAGUCAAGUCUGAUGAGAGGAAGCUCCCUUUUGGAACGCAUUCGAGUCCAACGAGAACGAGAAGCGGCCAUGGAGCCUUCCACGACCGAAAUGGGCGGUUAUAGUAGUAAUCAUUACAAUCCACCCAACUUGGCGGAUGGUGGAGCUGGCAAUCCGACACUUGGGCGGGUAUCCAUGAAUUUCGAAGACAACUUUUCCAAUGAUGCGACGCGAGGAUUAUUGGCAGGAAAUGGUGGUGCCAACGCGCAAGACGACUACAGUAUGAAGGAAUACUUUCUGACGUUUGUGGUGGACAUGUACAGUCUUUUCCGAUCCCUCCCUGUAAUUGGACAAAUCAUAAUGAUUGCAGUGAUGCUAUAUCUCAUUUGGAUUCUGAUCUAA